AUGGUAUCAGUCAAGCGUAGACAAACAUGGCCCGUGUGUUCAAUUGAAGAUGAAGAUGAGUUACAAGUAAAGUCAAAUUAUCAACGUCAACAACGACCAUUAGGUUCAGCAUGGAAACACGUGUUACAUCGUGUAACAUUGUUUAGUCAACGAGAAAAAGCAUUUAAAACAGCAUUCUACAACAGUGCGGCUAUAUUAUUUAUAAUUUUAUGUUGUGGUUGUGCAAUAUUAGCCUAUUAUAUUUUGGAAGCAUUUCUGAGAGCUAUAUUAUGGGCAAUAUUAACUGGUGCUUUCUUAUUUCCACUCAAAAAGACAUUGACAAAAAUAACACGACAGUAUUUAAAACAAUUUGAAGUUAAUCAACAUUUGUUGAUCACCGGGGUCACAAUUAUUAUACCGUGUCAAACACUCGAGACAUUAACAAAUUAUUUGGGACCAUUGGCUAUAAAAAAAUGGAAACCAAUAUUAUUAAUAUUUAUUCUACUACCGAUACUGAACAUUGUCAAAACAGAUAUUUAUUUUGCACUAAAAUCAUUUUCAUUUGGAACAAUAUUUAAACUGAGUCUAAUACAAGAAUAUUUUGAAUCACAAUGGAUCAUAAUACUAUUUGGUAGUUACUUAUUUGCCGUUGUUUGUCUAUAUAAUGAAGAAAACUACAUAAUCAAAAGAAUAUUAAAUCUGUUAGCUAUUCCACUAUGGUUGACAUUUUUUCUUUACAUUUCUCAAUACAUACAUCAGACGUACAGAAUAACGUUUCUUAUUCUCGCAUUUAUACUCAUCGCAAUUGGUUUUAUUGCUGAUGUACAUGAAAAGUUUGAUAUUGAAUUAGAAAGAACCAAGAACAAUGAUAAUGAGAAAAAUAAUGAUAUUGAGACUCGAACAUUUCACCAGAAGCUUAUUAAGUGGUCAUUUUAUAGAACAUACGCAUUUAUUAAAUCACAGAAACAAAUAAACAAUCUAUUCCAUAAAAUAACAUUAUUUGUACAAAAAAGACAAGAAAUAUUUGCUCCAUCUCCAUUACACGGAUUAUUUCGUCUAUUUCUUAAGGGUGAUAAAAAAUUAAAUCAUGGUUUGCAAUCCUCACUUGAUUAUAUAAUUAGUGCAUUUAUUAUUUUUACAUUAUUAAUAACAGUAUUAUUUGGUACAAUUAUUCUUGUUAUACAAAUUCAUAAAGAAAGUUUACAUAUGAUUAAUUUAGCGGGCAAUUUAGUUAAUGAAACUGUUGUAUUACAGCCAACAUUUAAAUAUCUAUUACCAGAAAAACACCAUAUGAAUGAAUUAGUUGAUACAGCUGUUAAUAACUUUUAUCUUUAUGGAAGACAAUUUUUAGCUAAUCAGGUUCAACAUUUCGGUGAAGAUAGUUUACCAAAUAAGAAAAUUGAAGAAAAUGUUUUAGAAUUAUGGGAUCGUUUGUAUACAUACAUAGCAAUGUCAUCUUCAUCAGUAAUUUCAUCACCCAAUAAUCUUACAACAAAUAUAUUAUUUCAUCAGUCUGCACUAAUAACAUCACUCGAUGAUCAAGAAAAUAUGACAACAACAAGUUUAGUAAGAAGAUUUAAUUGGCAAUUAUUAUUUAAUAAUUUACAAAAUUUUGAUCUUAGUUUAAAUAAUUUAAAUGAUAUUUAUUAUUUAAUUAAAGAUAAUUUAGGUUUAUUUAAAUCUGUAUUUGACUCAAUAUUGUCAAAUAUGAAUUUAUUUUUAACUUUUAUAUCUACAAUUAUUUCACUAUUAUUUCAUGGUGGAUUUGCAUUAUUUAAUUUUCUAUUCUCAUUUGUUGUUUAUACCACAUUGUUAUUUUAUCUCUUAGCUCAUUCAAAUGAUUAUUAUCGACCACAUCAAUGGAUUAAUCAAUUCAAUGGUAUUAAUAAUUUUAAACUUGGAAAAGCAGUUAAUGAUUCAAUAACAUCGGUAUUUGUUGCAUCAUUAAAAAUAGCUUUAUUCUAUGGAAUAUACACAUAUUUAAUACACACAAUAUUUGGUGUAAAUAUUGUCUUUUUACCAUCAGUUAUUGCUGCUAUUUGUGCCGUUUGUGUUAAAUCAUAUUGGUCAGUAUUACCUGGAUGUUUAGAUUUAUGGUUAAUGCAAGGACAACCAAUAUUAGCACUUUUAUUAUUGAUUUGUCAAAUAGCUCCAACAUAUUUUGUUGAUACGGCAAUCUAUAGUGAAGUGAAAGGUGGAGGACAUCAGUAUUUGACAGCGUUAUCAAUAGCUGGUGGCGUAUAUUAUCGUGGUCUUGAAGGUGCAUUAAUUGGACCCAUUGUUUUAUGCUGUCUAUUAGUUGGUGUUAAAUUAUAUGAAACAAUGAUUGGACCAGACAAUUUACUUACGCGAAGCGAAAAAGAAUUAGAAAUUCCAACAACUCUAGAUUCAGAAAUUCCAACAACAUAUCAAGUUCCAAAAGAACAAACUACAGAUAACUCAAUAAAUGACUCGUCGGAUUAA